UUGAAAUCGACUUCCUCGAAAUUGCUUGUCUUAAUUUUGCAGCAGAGGGUUGACGAUUGUGUUUGCAAUAGCGGUAAAAAAAAAAAAAAAAAAUCCGCAAUGAAGUCAACUCUGUGUUUUGUUGUUUUGUGUUCUGUUCUGACGGCGUAUUACAUUUACAUUCCGCUGCCGCAUACAAUCUCAGAACCUUGGAAACUCCUGAUGUUGGAUGCGACAUUCCGGGGUGUGCAGCAUUUGGGUAACCUGGCACACAGUCUGGGGCUGAGCCACCACAUCAAGGUACUCAAUUUUGCGGUGACAUAUUUUGGAAUGCUCAGUCCCACAUCCAGUGAAGGGGUCAGAGUGACGGAUACUGUGUUUGAUGGGGUGCAGGUCAGGGUGUUUGAAGCUACCGGGGGGAGCGACAGUGAAUUGAAGAGAAGUGUGGUUUACAUACACGGAGGAGGAUGGUCCCUGGGCAGCGCAAGGAUGCAGUCCUAUGAUUAUCUUUGCCGGAAAAUGGCAGAAGAUCUGAAUGCUGUUGUUGUUUCUGUUGAUUACAGAUUGGCCCCAGAGGUGCAUUUCCCAGAGCAGUACAAUGAUGCUUAUCUUGCCACCAAACAAUUCCUACUUCCAGAGGUGCUGGCUAAAUAUUCAGCAGACCCCAGUAGAGUGGCUGUGUCUGGAGACAGCGCAGGAGGGAACCUGGCAGCUGCUGUGUCUCAACAGCUUGCUCUGGACAGCAGUGUCACCAAUAAACCCAAGCUUCAGUCUUUAAUCUACCCAGUGCUUCAAGCCCUGGAUUUCAACACUCCCUCCUACCAGCAGAAUAGGGAUGUACCUAUCCUUUACCGUUCACUCAUGAUCAGAUUCUGGCUGGAGUACCUGAAUGGGGACCCAAGCUUUAUCCACUCAUUGUUGGUCAAUAACCACACCUCCUUGGACCUUAGCAAAGUCGCCUCUAGCUGUGAAAAAGUCAACUGGACCUCGCUCCUGCCAUCAGCAUUAAAGAAGAAUUACAAGCCGGUAGUCCAGGCCACGGGAACCCCCAAGGUCAUCCAGGAGAUUCCUGCUUUUCUGGAUGUCAGAGCCGCACCCCUGAUUGCUGACGAGGACGUCCUUAAACUGCUGCCCCAGACAUACGUCCUGACUUGUGAACAUGACGUCUUGAGGGAUGACGGGAUCAUGUACGCCAUGCGCCUGGAGCAAGCUGGAAUCCACGUGACCCAUGAUCAUUAUGAAGAUGGGUUUCACGGCUGCAUGAUAUUUGGACUGUGGCCCACUUACUUUUCUGUUGGCAUUCGGACCAUGCACAACUACAUCAAGUGGCUGGACCAAAAUCUGUAGAGCAGCUGACAUGAGUGGCUGGCUGACUGGGAUUAAAAAACCUUUUAGUGUUUCUGUCUUUAAAAUUGAAUUAAAUUACUAAUCAGUGCAACAUUGCAGUGGAAAUAUGCUUUUUGUAGAUCAAAGUCUGUGGCAUAGAGCUGACUGUUCUAUUGCUUUGACUACUUCCGGUUACAGUUUUCUGCACAGCCAACAUUCCAUUACUGGCACUGUUUCUGGUUCAAGUUAAACAAGUCAGCAGUUCUGAUUUCGUUAAUCAGAACAUUUCUACUUCUACAGCUAUGGCCAAAAGUUCACAUUACCUAAAAUUUUAGAUAGAUAGCUUAAGUUUUUACCAUAUCUAGCUUUUUAUUAUGGAUAGAUGUUGCCGAUCAAUAUUUAAAUAAACAAACCAUCUUGCUUUUUA